AAGCCAUACGGAGGGAGCCUGCUCUUCUCUUGUUAAGUUUCCUCCAUCAACCCUCUCAAAAAAAAAAAAAAAAAUCUCCUCCAUCAACAACCGUCGCCACCAUUGCCAAUACACCACCAUGAAGAAGCUACUCUGUUUAGUACUUGUCUCAAGCCUUCUUCUAGUCACUCUUGCAGGUGCUGCUUCGUAUCCUUUACCUUCCCCCCUCAGCAGGCAGCAAGCACAAGUUCUAGGUCGCAAAGGCAGAGAACUAGGCCAGUUAGGAUACCAUUACCAGCAUGAAGGCAAGCAGAAGCAGCAGCCUGAGGAAGAGAACUUGACGGUUCAUGUUCAGGAAGCGGCCAUGGAAGUGAAGAAAUCUGCGGAGACGAAGGCCGGUUGGGCGGACCAGGGUGUGGACGCCAAGGAAGGACUGAUCUACAGCGCGGACUACAGCGGGGUGGCCAUGCAUGCUGGCUCUCCGCCCAAGCACAAGCACUCCAAACCAUAGGGCAGAAGUUCGUGUACAACCUUAUAUAGCUAAUUAUGUUCUUAUCCUGUCCCUUUAUCAUGGAAUUGUACCACUGCCGUCCUUGUAAAAUAGGCUUUCUGUUCGCUAAAAAAAUGGCUUUCUCUUGCUGUGUCUCUGCCCUUGCAUCUCACUGGUAGGUGCAGGCGCAGAUAUGUCACGAGGCCACAAUGGAACAUCAGCCAAUGAGCUGAUCUGCAUGUAUAUAUAGUAACGGCAAUUGAUCAUGCGCCAAA